AUGCUACUGCACGCCAUUUUUUUCACUUUACUUUUCUUGGGCGUCUCUUCAGCGGCCAGAUGCCACGCGGUUUCCCUUAAAGCAUCGUCUCCUCAACCUUCUCUUUCCCCAUCAGUCGCUUCGUUUUCCUCGACUUCGGCCUGGCCCCGACACGAUACCUUUACUAAGCCCUCAGCCCCUGUGAAAUCAUCGGGUUCUGUCCAAUUAUCGGCUUCUGUCGAAUCCUCAACGUCUACUCAAUCAGCGUCUGCCCAUCCUUCGACAUCUGCGCAGUCUUCGGUCUCGGUUUCCAAUGGCACUGCUCUCAUACCUGGAGGGAAGAAGGCUGGAUCUGCAGGCGGGCGUGCCACAAAGUUUUGGCAGGAACACCUAGGCUGGUGGUACGACUGGACGCCCAGUCCCGAAACGAUCGGUAACCUAGAAGGGGUCGCAAUGCUCUGGGGCUCCGGCAACAACGGACAGCAAGACGAGAAGCGAUUUGCCGAGUUCCAACAGCUCACUACAGUUCCCCAGUACCUGCUCGGCUUCAACGAGCCCGACUGCACCGCCUCCGAUACUUCAGCUAAUAUGGACGUCGAUGAAGGCGUUAGCUUGUGGAACGAGCUCAUCGCCCCUAAGGGUGAGCAGGGGUCUCUGCUAGGGAGCCCGGCUAUGUGUAUGCAAAAGGCAGAGAGUUGGUUAAAGAAGUUCAAGGCUGGAAGUCUCGCCCGCGACUGGGACUACACCGCCAUCCAUGUCUACAAGCCCGAUAUGGCCGGCGUCCAGGCCGAUGUCGACUACUACUGGACCACAUACGGCAAGCCCAUUUUGGUGACCGAGUUCGGCUGCGUCUACGACCAGGACGACUUCACUCCCUGCUCGGACCAGAGUGAGAUCUCGCAGUGGAUCUCCGAUGUCGUUGACCUUUUCGAGAAAAACGAGAACAUUAUUGGUUACGCCUAUACUGACGGCGGUGGGCUCGGAACCGUGUGGCUCCCCGUAAAGUCAGAUGGCUCGGCAUUAUCCGUGUCCGGGCAGGCGUAUCUAGAUGCGAUCAGCAAGUACUAG